AUGCAUCAGAGUCAGCUGGUAGCCUUGCUGCCUCCUAGCCCUGUUUCUGAUUCAUUAGAUCUGUGCUAUGUGUCCGCUUUGGCACAGGUGAAGAAAAUCAUGGCCCUUUCAUCUGCCAGCAGCACAGCUGCUGUAAACGACUCUGACACGCGUGUGGCAGGCUGCUUCCUCGUUGGCAUCCCUGGGCUGGAACACCUGCACAUCUGGCUCGCCAUCCCCUUGUAUGUAGCCGCCCUGGCAGGCAACAGCGUUUUAAUUUGUGUCAUCCUCUCCCAGCCAGGCCUGCACGAGCCCAUGUACGUAUUCCUGUCCAUGUUGGCCAGCUCCGAUAUCUUGCUCUCCACUUCCACGAUGCCCAAAGCACUGGCCAACUUCUGGCUAGGUUCUAGCCACAUUUCUUUUGAUGGCUGCCUCACCCAGAUGUUCUUCAUCCACUUCCUCUUUGUGGCUGACUCUGCUGUCCUGCUGGCCAUGGCCUUUGACCGUUUUGUGGCCAUCUGCUCCCCGCUGCGAUAUGCCACAAUCCUCACGAGCACGGUCAUUGGGAAGAUAGUCGCUGCCACCCUGACCCGCAGCUUCCUCCUCAUGUUUCCACCCAUCUUUCUUCUCAAGCGCCUGCACUACUGCCGGAUCAACGUCAUCGCACACACUUUUUGUGGGCACAUGGGCAUUGCCCGUCUGUCCUGUUCUGAUAUCUCCAUCAAUGUCUGGUACGGGUUGGCAGCCGCUCUACUCUCCACAGGCCUGGACAUCAUCCUUAUCACUGUUUCCUACAUUCACAUCCUCCGAGCUGUAUUCCGCCUUCCUUCUCGAAAUGCCCAGUCCAAGGCCCUGAGCACGUGUGGCUCCCAUGUGUGUGUCAUCCUCCUCUUCUCCGUCUUUGCCUACAGGUUUGGUGGGGGACGCAUCCCACGCUAUGUCCGCAUCCUCCUGGCCAACCUCUGUGUGGUCAUCCCACCUAUGCUGAAUCCCAUUAUUUAUGGAGUUAGGACCAAGCAGAUUUGGGAGGGGACUAAACAGAUGUUUUCAUAUCUUGCCCAGGAAUCUAAAUAA